AUUCAGCAUAUUACGGGGAACAUCGAUUGGAACCACGUGCCGACGGAUGAAAACCCUGCGGAUCUGUUGUCAAGGGGUGUCACCGCGGACGUGCUCGAGGAAAGUGAGCUCUGGUGGCAUGGGCCUCCUUGGCUCGUGAGCAAGAACCAGAUGCCAGAACAUACGGAAGAGCCGGAGGUUGAACCUCCUGAACGAAAAACUGCACCUGUCACAUUGAUAGCGAUCAAAAACACGGAUUUAUGGACAAGACUUCCGACGUACUGCAAGCUUCAGCGGGUAAUUGCUCAAUGUCAUCGAUUUAAGGAUAAAACGCUAGGAAAGGGAAACACCGGCGUAAUUAAACUCGAGGAACUGGAGCGAGCAGACCAGACGAUAAUAAGGAUGGUGCAACAGGAAAUGUUUUCCGAAGACCUUGCCGACUUGAGAGGCGAACGACAGCUGUCAAGGAAAAGUAACUUGCGAUCUCUAAACCCCUUCCUGGAUGAAGAGGAUUUGUUACGGGUAGGAGGAAGACUUCGACACGCGAGUAUACCAGACAAUCAGAAGCAUCCUAUCGUGCUGCCAGCAAGGCAUCGAGUGACCAAUUUAAUUAUGCGCGAGGAGCACUUGCGCCUACUGCAUUGUCCGCCCGAGCAGCUUCUUAACGCGGUGAGACAACGUUAUUGGCCCUUAAGCGGUCGAAGAGAGGCACGCAAGAUAGUGAGAAGCUGUGUGAGCUGCUUUCGGUUUCGACCGACAGUUCCUGAAUUGAAGAUGGGAGAUCUGCCCAAGCAGAGAGUGACCGGUCUCGGCAGACCAUUCAGAAGUACCGGUGUUGAUUACGCGGGCCCUCUACAGCUCCGUGAGAGUCGACGCCGAGGAAGAAUCCACAUCUCAAAAGGCUAUAUAGCGAUAUUUACCUGCCUGAGCACUAAGGCGGUUCAUAUCGAGCUUGUCUCAGAUAUGACAACGGAGGCAUAUUUAGCGGCUUUAAACCGUUUCACAGCCCGUCGCGGGAUUUGUUCGGAGAUCUUCUCAGAUAAUGGGACAAAUUUCGUGGGAGCGGCUCGAGAAUUGAAGGAGGUGUACACGUUCCUGAAGAGGAAGGGCUCAGAAAUAGAAGACAACCUGGCUCGUCGGCGAAUAAAGUGGAGCUUCAUUCCUCCACACGCCCCGCAUUUCGGGGGCAUUUGGGAGGCGGCGGUGAAAGUCGCCAAACGACAUUUGUACACGGUAACCAAAGGAAGGGUGCUUACGUUCGAGGAGUGCAGUACAUUAUUAUCCCAGAUUGAAGCUAUAAUGAAUUCGAGGCCCCUCAUGCCGUUAUCUAGCGAUCCAAACGACUUGUCGAUUUCAGAGAAUCGUCUCACCCAUUGGCAGAAUCGGCAGCGAUUGCUUCAGCAGUUCUGGGUCCCCUUUCACAAGGAAUACCUGAACGAGUUGCAGCCGAGAACAAAGUGGACGGCUUCAGGAGACAACAUCGAGUUGAAUACUGUGGUUCUGAUAAAGGAAGACCACACCCCACCACUACAAUGGGCUCUGGGAAGAGUCACAGCUUUGCAUCCUGGACAAGACGGCGUGGUGAGAGUAGUAACCGUCAAGACACAGAGCGAAAGGACUAUUGUUAAUAACGAGCUGGUGCUGUCGCCUGUAACAAGGCCUGUACAUAUUAUCGAUGAAUUUUUAAUCGAUGUAGCCAAGGAUUUAACCAAUAAUCCAACACAUGACUCUACUUUAGAUUCUAGGUAUCACUCAGAAUCUUUAGAUAAAACGACAAAUGCGGACAAGUCUGAACAAGACUUGGAAUCUAUUGUCAAAACAGUGGACAUGAACGAAUCUAAACGACUGACUGAAUCUUUUUCCGCGUCUAAUAAAAUAGUUAAAAAUUCAACAAACCACGAAUCUUUUUCAUCAACGUCUCAAUCACUAAAUGAUGUCAGCAAGGAUAUAGAUAGUGUUAAGC